AUGGAAAAAUAUUUGAAGCGAAAAGCUUCAUCAUCAACCGGUAAUAAUGAUGCAUCCAAUUCCAACAAUGUGAUUGAUGUUAACGAUCUUCCUUGGGAUCCAUCAGAAAGACCCAAAAUUAUAAGUUAUAAUCCAAAUCAAAGAGACGAAAUUAGACGGAAAUACUUGGUAAGGGGUCCUUGUCAACCACGAGGUCACAUCUUUCCAACCAAAGUUAUAGGGACUAAAGGGAGACGGUUUGUUGUUACUUGGYUUGAUCAAUUUCAGUGGUUGGAAUAUAGUGUAAAAGUAGAUAGAGCAUAUUGUUUGCCUUGUUACUUGUUCAGAGACCAAGGUGGGAAUAAUGGGAUAGAUGCAUUUGUGGCGGACAGAUUUAAUAGUUGGAGUAAAAAAGAUAGACUUACGCUUCAUGAGGGUGAGGUUAAUAGUUUUCACCAUAAAGCACUUAAAAAAUGUGAAGAUUUGGUUAACCAAAACCAAUCAAUUGCGGUUGCCCUUCGUAAACAAACAGAACUCCAAAAGACCGAGUACCACAUGCGAUUGAAUGCUUCCGUUGAAGUUUGUAGAUAUUUGUUGGAGAAUGCCUUACCAUUUCGUGGCAAUGAUGAGUCGGAAAAAUCUAUGUACAAAGGGCUUUUCUUGGGGACUUUAAAGUUAAUCGGAAGAACAAAUGGGGAGAUUGAAAAGGUUAUAUUACAAAAUGCCYCGAAGAACAAUCAAUUGACAUCUCCAAAGAUUCAAAAAGAUCUCGUUACUUGCUUUGGAGAAGAGGUGUUGAAAGACGUUAUUAGGGAAAUUGGUGAUGAUGUAUUUGCUUUGUUGGUGGAUGAGUCUAGUGAUGUCUCUARAAAAGAACAAAUGGCCGUGGUUUUGAGGUUUGUUGACAAAGAAGGAGUUGUUCAAGAAAGAUUUGUUGGCAUUGUUCAUGUCAUGGAUACAUCUGCUGUAAGUCUUAAAUCUGCGUUGGAUGCUUUAUUUGCAAAACAUGGAUUAAGUUUCACAAAGGUAAGAGGACAAGGUUAUGACGGUGCUAGCAACAUGAGUGGUGUUAAAGACUUCUUUGAUUUGCUUGCUUUGGUUGUUACUGUUGUAAACUCUUCUUGCAAACGAAAAGAUAUGCUACGAGAAAGUCACAAAGAGAGAAUUCAAGAAGAAAUUGGAAAUGGGGAGAUUGAGACUGAGGUCAUACAGAUGCUUGAAUAUGUCGAAGAUGAUGGUGAUAAUGGAGCUAGUCGGCUUCAAGCAAGAG